GCGGCGACUCGGUCCCCUCCCGUGCCGGCGUCCCCGCCCGCGCCCGGCCAUCCCGCCGAGACGCCCUCUCCCUGCCGAUCCACCCGCGCCGCGCCGUCCCCACCGCCACCACGGGCCGCGCGAGCUCUCAACCCCGCGCCCUCCGCACUCCACCCCACCACCCACCGCGGCCGCAUCGAGCCGGCCCACCGCGUUCCCCCAAAAGGCCCCCCAAUAUCCAGGCGGAAGCGGCACCGGCCGCGGCACCGCAACCCCCCCACUCCCCUCCCCUCCCCACCCCGCGGAUGCGCGCGCCGCCCCGUCUCCCGCCAUGGCAGGGGAGGACGACCCGCCGCCGCCGCCCGACGGCGCCGACGCCGACGCCGAGCCCUGCCCGCUCUGCGGCGGGGCCGGGGUGACCCCCGCCGCGCGCGUCGCGGUGCCCGCCCGGCGCGGGGACGCCUCGCUGGCGGCCGCGGCCGCGCCCCCCGCGGCGGGCGACGCGGCGGCGCCGCUGCUGCGGGAGGCGCUGGCGCGGCAGCGGCGGGCGCUCGCGGGCCUGCAGGCGGAGCUGGAGGCGGAGCGCGGCGCCGCGGCGGGCGCCGCCAGCGAGGCCAUGUCCAUGAUCCUGCGCCUGCAGCGCGACAAGUCGGAGGCCAUGAUGGAGGCCCGCCAGUACCGCCGCUACGCGGAGGAGCGGUUCGCGCACGACGCCGCCGAGCGCGACGCGCUGCGGGGUGAGGUCGCGAGGCGGGACGCCGCGGCGCGGGCGCUCGCCGCGCGCCUCCGCGCGUGCCAGGCGCGGCUCCUGCUCCUCGGCUUCCCUUCCCCGUCCCCGCCGCCGCCGCACCCGCGGGCGGCCUCGCUCCCGUCCUCGCCCACCGCCUCCGCCUCCGCCUCCCGCCGCGGGCUCCUCCAUCCCUGCUGCUUCUCCGACGAAGACGAAGACGACGACGGCGGUUACCGCUCCGUCCGGUGCCUCGACUACCACCCCGCCGCGCCCGCGGACGUGGGCACCCCGCGCACCCACCACCUGCUCAACAGAACGCCUAGCCCGGACCCCGACCCCAAGGGGGUCGUCCUCUCCGGCGACGGCGUCCCCCGGGUCGCGCUGGCCGACGAGUUCCCGCUCUUUGACCGCCGGGACGCGCCGGACGGGGACGACGACGAGGACGGCGACCGCGUCUACACGGUGGACGCGGUGCACGGCGUGCCCAUCGACUGUUGCUACCUCGGGGGGAGCGAGGUGGGCGUCCCGGCGGCGGCCGGGGGCGGGGGCGGGGGCGGGGGCUGGGCGGAUGAGGUGGAGGAGAUACAGAAGCUCAAGGCGAGGCUGCAGGCGCUGGAGGCGGACCGGGAGUCCAUGCGGCACGCCAUCAUGUCCAUGGGGGACGAGAAGGCGCAGGUCGUUCUGCUCAGGGAGAUUGCCAAGCAGCUCUGCAGGGACGCGGCGCCGUUCCCGGCUGUUCUGCUCAAGGUGCAGCCGAGGUUGCAGCCAGUUGUCGUGACACAGAGGAAGGUUGUGAAGAAGCAGACUUCCUUUGUGAAGAUCUUCAUUAUGACAGUCAUCAAGUGGGUUGCAUCUAUCUUCUGUUGGCGAAGAAAAUCAAAUCGCAUCAGGUACCCCAUCGGUAUGUGUGGGAGCAAUGUCGGUCUGAUGCUGUUACUGGACAGGUUCCCCAAACAGAGGCAAAAGAAGUUUCCUAAAAGGAAGCUAAGCGCCUCUAUUCUCUGAUAAUCUGAUCGCAGGCAACCUAGGGAAGGAUAAGCUGUGCCUUCGCACUUCUGGUCAGAAUGAGCUACUUUCUGAACAUAAAGCUCACUGGUUUUGUGAAAAAAGCGGUUGUUGUUGCAUAUGUUUUCACCCCUGUCUAGGCAUUCUUUGGUUGAUUCAGUUUUUGGAAAUCUAGUUAAAAUGUGAAGUAUCCCCUAUUUGCAUUUUAUUCCUCUGCCCGCUUUCUGGCAUAUAUUGUUGAUAUUUCCUUUUUCUUCUGUUGUCUAGUGUUACAGAACGCAAUGUAAAUAAACACCGACCAUUUUGAGCAUCAGCCUUAGAGAGUUUUGACAUGGCGCAUAUAGUUCCCUUUUUGUUUCUCUAAUUGUUCUUUUUAUCCUCCUUUUACAGAACAAAGUCAUGUUACUCUGUUUCAACAUGAUUGUGUUGUAUUGUAAAUAAAUUUGAAGUAGAGUGGUUCGUUUGGUGGGAAUUCUUCUCUUUUUCGAGAGCCAUGGGGCCAGUUUGGUGUAACGUCAUGUUGAUGUCCCCGACUUUAAAUGUCUUCAUAUCUAUUGUUGGUUGACAUGAUUAACUUUGAGACCUUUGACAACA